ACCAACAUCCGGGUCAUAACGCAUAGUCGGUUGUGCGCAUGCGCAGUACAGCCAGUGGUUCGACCUCUGCUUUCGAAGCCGCUCAAAAACACUGACCUUUCAACAUGUUCACCUGCGCGAAGUUCGUCUCCACACCCGCCCUGGUGCGUGCGGGCUCCAGGUCCCUGUACAGGCCGCUGUCUGCUGCCGUGCUCUCCAGACCAGAGGCCAAACCAGAGGUCAGUGGCGCUGUCCUGCCUCAGUCGGCCUUCACUCAGGGCCUCAGGAGCUUCCAGACCAGCGCUGUGAGCCACGACAUCGACACCGCCGCCAAGUUCAUCGGAGCGGGAGCUGCCACCGUGGGAGUGGCCGGAUCCGGGGCGGGGAUCGGGACCGUGUUCGGGAGCCUUAUCAUCGGAUAUGCCAGGAACCCGUCUCUAAAGCAGCAGCUCUUCUCUUACGCCAUCCUGGGUUUCGCUCUGUCUGAAGCCAUGGGGCUCUUCUGUUUGAUGGUUGCUUUCCUCAUCCUGUUCGCCAUGUAAAAUCUGCUAGUUGUGGAAACACUUUUAGUGCAGUUAUGACCACGCGUUUUAGCUGUUGCUUCCAAAACGUCUGCUGUUGGUCUCUGCAGGAGGAAAAAAGGAUCAAGUCCACUUUGUUCAAAGAAAUCACGUAACAAUUAAAAAUUGUUCAAAUAUUAACCAAAUCUUAUUCAUGCCCAUUAAAUAAGAAGAGCAACAGCUUCAUGGAUAUAAAGAACCUGAUCGCACUUUCUGUACAUCAGAAUAGGGAAAGUUUGUGUUUGUUUGUGUGUGUGUGUGUGUGUGUGUGUGUGUAGACUGUAAGUGUCCACUCGGAUGUUUUCAGGGGUUAAACUGCUGGUUGAUAGUGUGACUGUAAAUUUAUAGCAAUUGGUUGAAAAGCCAAUUAAAAGCCACAAUUGCGUUUGUAAAUUGCAUUAAAUAAAUUUAGCUCACAGUUUACCAUUA